UUUUGAAGUUGAAACCAGAGCGGUGCCAAAAGCUCACCGAGUUUUUCUGACCUCUUGGAACUCUAUUCUUACAAGAAUCGCCAGUCAACUUAGAGGCGGAAUGAGAACUUGAGCCCAUCGACGAACUGCAGCAAGACGAGCGCUCAUCACCAGGGCUUCUGAGCUGCAUUGUUCCCCAAUCUUCCCCAUAGGGGCCGUCUCUUCUCUGCCGAGAGUAAGCGCGGGGUGCUGUGACUGAGCUACUUUUACAGACCUUGGACACAACUCGAAAAGAUGGAGGUUGUUCAUCACCAUCCCGCCUCGGCGCGGGUCGUCGACGCGAGCAAUGAAGGUCUCAUAUGCCUUGAACUCGCAGAUGGCUCGACCUACCAGGGUUACAGCUUCGGUGCCAACAAGAGUGUUGCCGGAGAGGUAGUCUUCCAGACCGGCAUGGUAGGAUACCCUGAGUCCAUCACAGAUCCUUCCUAUCGAGGCCAGAUACUGGUCAUCACCUUCCCUCUGGUAGGCAACUACGGUGUGCCUUCCAGGGAGGCAACCGACAAGCUCCUUGGAGAUCUGCCCAAAUACUUCGAAGCCAACCAGAUCCACAUCGCUGGUCUUGUAACCUCUUCUUACUCCGGGGAAGACUACUCACACUAUCUUGCCACCUCCUCGCUGGGCACAUGGCUUAAGGAGCAGGGCGUUCCUGCUGUCUAUGGUGUCGAUACCAGGGCCCUCACGAAGCGGAUCAGAGUCGAAGGAAGCAUGCUCGGGCGCAUGAUGUUGCAGAAGCAGAACAAGACCAAUGGAGCCAACGGCGUUUCAAGCUAUACACAGAAGCUGAGCAGGGAAGACUUCGAGACAAUUGAGUGGGUGGACCCAAACGAGAAGAAUCUUGUCGCUGAGGUCUCUAUCAAGACCCCCAAGCUGUACUCGCCUAGUCCCGAUAAGGCGUUAAAGCAUCCAUCGGGUCGUAACCUGCGGGUGAUAAUACUUGAUGUGGGUAUGAAGCAUAACCAGCUUAGAUGUUUCCUCAACCGCGGAGUCGAGGUCAUGGUAUGCCCGUGGGACUACGACUUUUCUGGUGAGGCUGGCAAAUCCUAUGACGGACUAUUCGUUUCAAACGGACCUGGUGACCCAGCAGUCAUGAAAGACACCGUGAAACACAUCGCUGCUACCAUGGAGAAGAACCGCACUCCAGUAUUCGGUAUCUGUCUUGGACACCAGCUUCUUGCGAGAGCAGCUGGAGCUGAGACUAUCAAGUUGAAGUAUGGUAACCGUGGUCAUAAUAUUCCCUGCACAAGCAUGGUCACUGGAAAGUGUCAUAUCACAUCCCAGAACCAUGGCUACGCUGUGGACCCCAAGUCACUUCCCACUGGUUACCAGGAGCUGUUUGUCAACGCCAACGACGGCAGCAAUGAGGGAAUUAUGCAUGUCAGCAAGCCAUACUUCAGUGUACAAUUCCACCCUGAGAGCACACCUGGUCCGCGAGACACUGAGUACCUAUUCGAUGUGUUCAUCAACACCAUUCUUGACUGUGCAAAUGAUCCUAAGUUGUUGGAUGCACCUGUCAAGUUCCCCGGCGGUACAGUCGAAGAGAACAAUCGUGCACACCCCAUUGUCAGUGUCAAGAAGAUCUUGGUCCUCGGCAGUGGCGGUCUUAGCAUUGGACAAGCCGGAGAGUUCGAUUACUCCGGUAGUCAAGCUAUCAAGGCUUUGAAGGAGGAGGGCAUCUAUACUGUUCUCAUCAACCCCAAUAUCGCUACGAUCCAAACAUCGAAGGGUCUUGCUGAUAAGGUGUACUUUCUCCCUGUUACAGCCGACUUUGUGCGUAAGGUCAUUCAAUACGAGCGUCCCGAUGCCAUCUAUGUCACCUUUGGUGGUCAAACUGCCCUUCAGGUCGGUAUCCAACUCAAGGACGAGUUCGAGGAGCUUGGUGUCAAGGUUCUUGGUACACCAAUUGAUACAAUCAUUACCACCGAAGAUCGUGAAUUGUUUGCCCGCAGCAUGGAGUCCAUUGGCGAGAAGUGUGCCAAGUCUGCUUCUGCUAAUACCAUCGACGAGGCAAUGCACGUGGUCAAAGACAUUGGCUUUCCGGUCAUUGUAAGAGCCGCAUACGCUCUUGGUGGUCUGGGUAGUGGUUUUGCCAACAACGAGCAGGAACUAUUUGACCUUUGCAACAAGGCUUUUGCUGCCAGUCCCCAAGUGCUGAUCGAGCGCAGCAUGAAGGGAUGGAAGGAGAUUGAGUACGAAGUGGUCCGAGAUGCUCAAGACAACUGCAUCACGGUCUGUAACAUGGAAAAUUUCGAUCCCCUUGGUAUUCAUACUGGUGAUUCUAUCGUUGUGGCCCCUUCCCAGACCUUGUCCGACGACGACUACAAUAUGCUCCGUACGACAGCUGUCAACGUUAUUCGUCACCUCGGCGUCGUCGGAGAGUGCAACAUCCAAUAUGCCUUGAACCCCGAUUCAAAGGAAUACUGCAUUAUUGAGGUCAACGCCAGAUUGUCCCGUUCAUCGGCUUUGGCUUCCAAGGCUACCGGGUACCCUCUAGCGUUUAUUGCUGCUAAGCUGGGUCUUAACAUCCCAUUGAAGGACAUCAAGAACUCGGUCACCAAGAGUACAUGCGCAUGUUUCGAGCCUUCCCUCGAUUACGUUGUUGUCAAGAUGCCUAGAUGGGAUUUGAAGAAGUUUACUCGAGUUUCUACUCAGCUUGGUUCUUCCAUGAAGAGUGUGGGUGAAGUCAUGAGUAUCGGCCGGAACUUUGAAGAAGCUAUUCAGAAGGCUAUUCGAUCCGUGAACUUCAGCAACCUGGGCUUCAGCGAGACCAAGGCUCUUAUGUCGAUCGAUGAUGAGCUACAAACACCUUCUGAUCAACGUCUUUUUGCUAUCGCCAAUGCUAUGGCGUCCGGAUACACCGUUGACAAGAUUUGGGAGUUGACCAAGAUUGACAAGUGGUUCUUGCACAAACUGAUGGGUCUGAACAACUUUGCCGAGUCCUUGACCCAAUACAAGGUUGACGAUAUUGCUCAGCGUCCUGACGUUCUGCUCCAGGCCAAGCGCCUCGGUUUCAGUGAUGAGCAAAUUGCCAAGCACUUGUCCUCAACCGAGCUCGAAGUCCGAGAACUGCGAUUGGACGCUGGCAUCACACCUUUUGUCAAGCAGAUUGACACCGUCGCUGCUGAGUUCCCUGCAUUCACGAACUACCUCUAUCUGACGUACAAUGCAUCGGAACACGACCUUGAAUUCAAUGACCGUGGUGUCAUGGUUCUGGGUUCUGGCGUUUACCGUAUUGGUUCCUCAGUUGAGUUCGAUUGGUGUUCCGUUCGAGCCAUUCGUACACUGAGGGAAACUGGUUUCAAGACAGUUAUGGUGAACUACAACCCCGAGACCGUCAGUACCGAUUAUGAUGAAGCGGACCGUCUUUACUUUGAAAACAUCACUCUCGAGACUAUCCUCGAUAUCUACCAAAUGGAAGGAGCAAGUGGUGUUCUUGGAGCGAUGGGUGGCCAGACACCCAACAACAUUGCCCUCCCACUUCACCAUGCGGGUGUCAAGGUACUUGGAACCUCGCCUGAAAUGAUCGACACUGCCGAAAAUCGAUUUAAGUUCUCCCGUACACUCGACAGAAUUGGUGUUGAUCAACCCGAUUGGAAAGUCCUGACCAGUCUUGAAGAGGCCAAGACAUUCUGCAACAAGGUCUCUUACCCAGUACUUGUCCGCCCGUCAUACGUUUUGUCUGGCGCCGCCAUGAACACUGUAUACUCUGAGGCCGACCUCGAGUCCUUCCUAGACCAGGCCGUGGACGUCUCGCCUCUGCACCCAGUUGUCAUCACAAAAUACAUUGAGAACGCCAAGGAGAUUGAAAUGGACGCCGUUGCCAAGGAUGGUAAGGUUAUUGGCCACUUCAUCUCUGAGCACGUUGAGAACGCUGGCGUUCACUCUGGUGAUGCCACUCUUAUCUUGCCUCCGCAGGAUCUUGAGCGCACCACAAUUGCACGCAUCGAGGAUGCCACUAGGAAGAUCGGUGCUGCUUUGAACGUCACUGGCCCUUUCAACAUUCAGUUCAUCGCCAAGGAUAACGACAUCAAGGUCAUUGAAUGUAACGUCAGAGCAUCACGAUCGUUCCCCUUUGUGUCCAAAACCAUGGGUGUAGAUCUCAUCGAGAUGGCCACUAAGGCGAUCAUGGACGUCCCCUUUGUGGCGUACCCUGCUACAACGAUUGCACCAGAUUGUGUCGGUGUCAAGGUUCCCCAAUUCAGUUUUUCUCGACUUUCAGGAGCAGACCCUGUGUUGGGUGUGGAAAUGGCAUCUACUGGAGAGGUUGCUUGCUUCGGUGCUAAUAAGUAUGAGGCCUAUCUCAAAGCUCUGAUCUCUACUGGCUUCAAAAUCCCGAACGCCAACAUUCUUUUGUCAAUCGGAUCCUACAAGGACAAGCAGGAGAUACUGCCUUCUGUCGCCAAGAUGCAGAAACUCGGCUAUAAACUCUUUGCCACUGCGGGAACCGCUGAUUUCUUGCAAGAGAACGGUAUCCCUGUUCAAUAUCUCGAAGUCCUUGGUGCCGACGAAGAGGACCAGAGGUCCGAGUAUUCCUUGACGCAGCAUCUUGCCAACAACAAGAUCGAUCUGUACAUCAACUUACCAUCCAACAACAAGUACCGUCGACCGGCCAACUAUAUGAGCAAGGGAUAUCAGACUAGACGUAUGGCCGUUGACUACCAGAUUCCUCUGGUUACCAAUGUCAAGAACGCCAAGAUUCUGGUUGAGGCUAUUGCCAGACAUUUCGAUCUCGAGGUCAGGAACACCGAUUAUCAGACAAGCCACAGGACAAUUGUCCUACCAGGCUUGAUAAAUGUUGCUGCAUUCGUUCCUGGAAUUGUUACGCAAGGCAGCCAUGAUCUCCAGGCCGUUACCAAGGCUUCCGUUGCUGCGGGUCUCACUAUGAUCCGUGUGAUGCCGUUGGGUGUAGAAGGCUCCAUCAUUGAUGCUAAGAGCCUGAAGCUAGCUCAGCAGAACAGCAAGCGCGGUGGUUACUGUGACUACAAUUUCUCUGUGUCGGCUACAUCGGACAAUGCAGAUCAGAUCAGCCAAGUCACAAGCGAGGUUGGCUCGCUCUUUAUUCCUUUCAACCACCUGUCAGAUAACAUCAACAAGGUUGCAGCUGUCAUGGCUCACUUUGACUCUUGGCCAACGCACAAGCCUAUUAUGACAGAUGCGAAGACCACGGAUCUUGCCUCGAUCUUGCUGCUCGCGAGCCUCCAUAGCAGACGCAUCCAUGUCAGUAGUGUCACCACGAAGCAAGAUAUCCGUUUGAUUGCUCUUAGCAAGGAAAAGGGCCUGAACGUAACUUGUGACGUUUCAAUCUACUCCCUAUAUCUAUCCCAGCAAGAUUAUCCAGAGUGCAAGGCUCUACCCACUGUUGCCGAUCAAAAGGCUCUUUGGGACCAUCUCAGCACUAUCGACGUGUUCUCUAUUGGCAGUCUUCCAUACCAGCUGGCCCACAGCCAAAAUGUAGAGGCAGACCCUCUUGUUGGUAUUGCUGAUACCCUCCCACUGCUUCUGACAUCCAUUACCCAAGGCAGAUUGACCGUUGACGACGUCAAGACACGUCUGUAUGACAAUCCAAAGGAGAUAUUCGAGCUCCACGAGCAAGUUUCUACUUCCAUUGAGGUAGAGAUCGACCGUUCGUACACCGUUCCCUCCACAGGCACAUGGACUCCAUUUGCUGGCAAGAUCAUGAAGGGUGCCGUACAACGUGUGACCUUCAACGGCAAGACUGUCUGCCUCGAUGGCGGCGUUCUACCUAUUCAACCCCUUGGACAAGAUAUGUCAACUCAUGGCAGCAUGCCGGCUCCUAUGUCACCGGCUGUCAAGCCUACUACUCAUCCACUUGGAUUCGGCUCAGACAGUCCACAUGGUAGACGCCAAUCCGUUCUCGCACAAAGACCUUCCUUCAGGCCUCGGGCAUUGGAUGGUGCUCUUGAUGACGGACGAAGAGUUUCCACGACCGGGGAGGAGUUUGGUCUUCCUCUCACUGUUCAACAACCUUCCACGGAUUCUCUCAAACAGUUGCUCCGACAGUCCAACUCUUUCAAAGGACAACAUGUCCUGUCAGUGAAGCAGUACAACCGUUCUGACCUGCAUCUUCUUUUCACCGUUGCUCAGGAGAUGCGAGUGGGUGUCCAACGAGAGGGUGUUCUUGACGUCUUGAAGGGUCGUGUUCUCACGACUAUGUUUUACGAACCAUCAACACGCACAUCAGCUUCAUUUGAUGCAGCUAUGCAGCGUCUUGGUGGUAGGACAAUUGCCAUCACCACUUCUCACUCUUCCGUCCAGAAGGGAGAGACACUUCAGGACACUCUAAGAACGCUUGAGUGCUAUGGCGAUGCCGUCGUCCUCCGACAUCCUGAAGAGUCAUCCGUUGAUGUUGCAAGGAAGUUUGCGCAUGUACCUGUCAUCAACGGUGGUAAUGGCAGCAAGGAGCAUCCCACACAGGCAUUCCUUGACCUGUUCACUAUUCGGGAAGAGCUUGGUACCGUUCAAGGUCUGACUAUCACUUUCGUCGGUGAUCUUUUGUAUGGCCGUCCGGUACACUCGCUAGUGUACCUACUGCGACACUACCAAGCUAGAGUGCAGCUCGUUUCCCCCAAGUCACUCAGACUGCCACCCAAGGUCCGUGAGCAACUUGUUGCCUCUGGCCAGCUCUUGUGCGAAUCCGAGACCUUGACCAAGGAGAUUCUCGCCAAAAGUGAUGUCUUGUACUGCACCAGGGUACAGAAGGAGAGGUUCUCCACCGUAGAGGAGUACGAGGCAGUCAAGGAUUCUUACCGCAUUGAUAACGCGACUUUGAAGCAUGCAAAGAGUACGAUGGCAGUGUUGCACCCUCUACCCAGAAAUGAGGAGAUCGCGGAGGAGGUUGACUUUGACCACAGAGCGGCGUACUUCAGACAGAUGAGAUACGGUCUUUACUGCCGCAUGGCAUUGUUGGCGUUGGUCAUGUCCCACUAACGUGGCGUAUUUGACUGGCGUUUCACAAGAUGCUCUAUGUCUUCAUAGAUCAUCGGUGUGUUUUGAAAAUCUAGAUAGCUAUCCUAGCCUACGGUGUAUUUCGGGGGGGGUUUUUUUUUUCGUGUCUAAAGGUAGAAAGGCAAACUGCAUCAUUAGACAUUUGCAUGGCACAAGCCACUCAUGAGUGAAAUGACUUAAAUAUCAUGGGUACGUGGCGUUUUUGCGUAUGCCUUGGGCGGCGUAUGCUGGGUAUUUCUGUACUGUGUAUUACGUAUGUGUACAAUACGUUUAUGUGUAUAUAGUUGUAUAUAUGUACUAAAUUCGUUCCGUUCGGCU